AUGGUGACAGGGAUGGUGUCCCUGUGGUCACUGGCUGUGGUGGCCUUCGAGCGGUUCCUGGUCAUCUGCAAGCCCCUGGGCAACUUCACCUUCCGGGGCAGCCACGCCGUGCUGGGCUGUGCCAUCACCUGGAUCUUCGGCCUCAUCGCCUCCGUGCCCCCCCUCUUCGGCUGGAGCAGGUACAUCCCCGAGGGGCUGCAGUGCUCGUGCGGCCCGGACUGGUACACGACGGACAACAAAUGGAACAACGAGUCCUACGUGAUUUUCCUCUUCUGCUUCUGCUUCGGCUUCCCCCUGAGCGUCAUCGUCUUCUCCUACGGGCGGCUGCUGCUCACCCUGCGCGCGGUGGCCAAGCAGCAGGAGCAGUCGGCCACCACGCAGAAGGCGGAGCGCGAGGUGACCAAGAUGGUGGUGGUGAUGGUGCUGGGCUUCCUGGUGUGCUGGCUGCCCUACUGCUCCUUCGCGCUCUGGGUGGUGACACACCGGGGACACCCCUUCGACCUGGGGCUGGCCUCCAUCCCCUCCGUCUUCUCCAAGGCCUCCACCGUCUACAACCCCAUCAUCUACGUCUUCAUGAACAAGCAGUUCCGCUCCUGCAUGCUCAAGCUCGUGUUCUGUGGCCGGAGCCCCUUCGGGGAUGACGACGACGUGUCCGGCUCCUCCCAGGCCACCCAGGUGUCCUCGGUGUCCUCCAGCCAGGUGUCCCCAGCGUAGGGCCCGGCCCCACAGUGGGGCUGCCCCACGGCUCUGCCCCACGGCGGGGCUGCCCCACAGCGGGCUCAGCCCUAGAGUGAGCUCUGCCCCACAGCGGGCCCGACCCAGCCAGGGCUGCCCCACACCGGGCUCAGCCCCACACCAGGCUCAGCCCUAUAUGGAUUUCUGC